AUGAUUAAUGUCAGUCUUUCAGUUUUCAUUUUUAACAUAUAUCAUGUUUGUUUUCGUUUUAAUUAUGUUAUUUUCUAUUUAAACUUGUGUGUUCUAAACUAGUGCAAGCUAUUUAAUUGCUCGUUGUUAAUCAGAAAAGUGAAGUAAAUUAUAAAGCGUCUCAUGUAUAGAAAAUUUGGUGAACAAUAAAAAUACUAAAUUGAGUAAUAAAUUGCAAAAUGACAUAUUCCCAGUAUCCACAACUUAUCCAACAAAUAAUAUUAGGCGUUGGCUUGUACGACAAACAAAAUGAAACAUUAAAUUUAUUAAAAAAUAUAUAUAAAUACGUUAUAAAUUCCCCAAGAAGAUUUGAAAAAAUUGCUACUGUUGGACAGCUAUUGAAAGUUUUAGAAAUCAGAGAUGUACUAACGGAAAAUAACAUAGAACCUUUAAAAGAGAUAGCCCAAUUUAUAAAUGACGGAGGUGAAAUUCUACGACGCAUUAAUGUGUAUGAGAAUACUCAUAUUAAGAAAGAAUACUGUAAUCACUAUGAUUCUGAAACAGUUCUGCCAGAAUCAAAACCUAAACAUAAAAAUGAAGGUUUAGAAAAUAUACCUAUUAAUGGUGGCAAUCCAUACAUUCACAUGAGCAAACAAAAGAAACAAAGAAUUCUUGAAACUGUUAUUGAACAAAUAGGUAUUUUCUGGCGUGACUUAGCCAGAAACUUGAAAAUCAGAGAAUGUGUUAUUGAUGAAAUUGAUAAAGAAUGUGAUUCACUUUACUCUAAGGCAUCAAAGUUAUUGGAAUUAUUUGAAAAAAGAGCAGAUCCCCAGAAAUGGUUCAGUGAUCUAUGUAAUGGACUAGAACGAGCAAGACGUAGAGAUUUGACAAAAUCAAUACAAGAUGUUAUGAUGAUGAAUAUUUAAUGUAGGUACAGUGGACUUGAGGUAAUCCGGCCCCCCUUGUAAUCCGACAUGGUGUAUUAUUGUUUAUUAUUGAAUAUUUUUUAACAAUCUUUGCUAAUGCAUGACUGAACAAGUUUGAACUUGUAUGCAUUUACCACUGUUGUACUCGAUGAAUAGGGUAUUAUUUUGAUUAGGAUUGCUUAUUUUGAAUUCGACUAUUGACAUGUGAUGAAGAUAGUGGUGCAGUGUUCAUUAUUUACUGUUUAUACAUUGUGUAUUAUAAAUCAGCUGAGAAGCGAAAGCACAUAUCACUGACAAUUAAAGAAACAUGUGGUAUUGUAGAUUGCCUAAAUCAUAACGAAUCCUUUACUGUACUUCAGAGUGCAUAUACAUACAUACAUAUAUAACAUAGAAUCCCCACCACUGUACUUAGAUAUUUUAUUGUAAACUUGCUGUACUCAUGACUUUGUCGGUGUGGAAAUUAACAAAAUAAAAGGAACCUAAGUUGCUCCUAAUUACAUCACCUACUUGCUAAUAAAAGUCCCGUCAAAAUCAGUCCAGCCAUUUCAGAGAUUAGCCAGAACAAACAGACAAACACAAAAAUAGUAAAAAAUGUUAUUUUGGUGUAUUUACUAUAUUUAUAUUCAUAUGCAUGUAUAAUAGUACAAAACGGUUAUAUCAAUAUUACAUACAGACACUCCAAUUUUAUUUAUAUGUAUGGAUUGUGUAUUGUAAUCUUACAAGAUUUUAUUUAAAUUUUGUACAUAAAAUAAAAUAAUUAAAUAUUAUUAAACAAUUUAAUA